UCCAUGAAGAGUGAUGCAUCUAUGGAUCGAUUGAAUGAAUUCAAAGUUGGACACCAUGCUAGUGAUCAAAGAGCCCACCAGCAGAGUUCAGAGGUUCCAGGCAGUCAUUCUGCCCAGCAGCAGCAAACAGACUUGGCCUCCAUAUUUAAGCUGCUUGAGGAGAACAUCAUAAUCUUUACAAAGAAUGAGCUUAAAAACAUCCAGAGGUUUCUGAACCCAGAUUACUCAGAAUGCUUAGACAGUCAGAGGGAGGGUGAGGAGGUGUUGGACGGUGAGGAGGAGGAGCAGAGGAGGAGCAGCAGGGAGGCUUUUCUGCAGAUCACGCAGCACUUCCUGAGGAGGAUGAAGCAGGAGGAGCUGGCUGAGCGUCUGCAGAGCAAAACUCCUGCUGCAGCGUGCCAACUUGAGCUGAAAUCAGACCUGAAGAAGAAGUUUGAGUGUGUCUUUGAGGGGAUUGCUAAAGCAGGAAACUCAGCACUUCUGAAUCAGAUCUACACAGAGCUGUACAUCACAGAGGGAGAGAGUGGAGAGGUCAAUAAUGAACAUGAAGUCAGACAGAUUGAAACAGCAUCCAGGAAACCAGCUACACCAGAAACACCAAUCACAUGUGAGGACAUCUUUAAAUCUUUACCUGGAAGAGAUCAACCAAUCAGGACAGUGAUGACAAAGGGAGUGGCUGGCAUUGGGAAAACAGUCUUAACACAGAAGUUCACUCUGGACUGGGCUGAACACAAAGCCAACCAGCAUAUCCACUUCACAUUUCCAUUCACUUUCAGAGAGCUGAAUCUGCUGAAAGGGAAGGAGUUCAGCUUGGUGGAACUUCUUCAUCACUUCUUCACUGAGACCAGAGAAGCAGGAAUCAGCAGGUUUGAGCAGUUCCAGGUUGUGUUGAUUUUUGACGGUCUGGAUGAGUGUCGACUUCCUCUGGACUUCAAGAACAACCAGAUCCUGACUGAUGUUACAGAGUCCACCUCAGUGGACGUUCUGCUGACAAACCUCAUCAAGGGGAAACUGCUUCCCUCUGCUCGCCUCUGGAUAACCACACGACCCGCAGCAGCCAAUCAGAUCCCUCCUGAGUGCGUUGACAUGGUGACAGAGGUGAGAGGCUUCACUAACCCACAGAAGGAGGAAUUCUUCAAGAAGAGAUUCAGAGAUGAGGAGCAGGCCAGCAGAAUCAUCUCCCACAUCAAGACGUCACGAAGCCUCCACAUCAUGUGCCACAUCCCAGUCUUCUGCUGGAUCACUGCUACAGUUCUGGAGGACGUGUUGAAAACCAGUGAGGUAGGAGACCUGCCCAAGACCCUGACUGAGAUGUACAUCCACUUCCUGGUAGUUCAGUCCAAAGUGCAGAACGUCAAGUAUCAUGGGAGAGCUCAGACAGAUGCUCUCUGGUCUACAGAGGCCAGGGAGAUGUUCCUGUCUCUGGGAAAACUGGCUUUUGAGCAGCUGGAGAAAGGCAACCUGAUCUUCUAUGAAGCAGACCUGGCAGAGUGUGGCAUUGAUAUCAGAGCAGCCUCAGUGUACUCAGGAGUGUUCACACAGAUCUUUAAAGAGGAGCGUGGGCUGUACCAGGACAAGGUUUUCUGCUUUGUCCAUCUGAGCCUUCAAGAGUUUCUGGCUGCAGUUUAUGUCUUUGUGUCAUUCAUCACCUCUGGUGUCAAUCUGCUGUCAGAAGAACAAUCAACCUCAUGGUGGUCUACAGUAUUCAAGAAAUCUAAAGGAACAAACCUCUACCAGAGUGCUGUGGAAAAGGCCUUACAGAGUCCAAAUGGACACCUGGACUUGUUCCUGCGUUUCCUCCUGGGUCUUUCACUGCAGACCAAUCAGUCUCUCCUACAAUGCCUGUUGAGACAGAAAGGAAGCUUAAAGGCCAAUGGGAAAACAAUCAAGUACAUCAAGGAGAAAAUCAGAAUGAACCCCUCUGUAGAGAGAAGCAUCAAUCUGUUCCACUGUCUGAAUGAGCUAAACGACCGCUCUCUAGUGGAGGAGAUCCAAAAGUACCUCAGAUCAGGAAGUCUCUCCAGAGGUGAACUGUCCCCUGCUCAGUGGUCAGCUCUGGUCUUCAUCCUACUGUCAUCAGAAGAAGAACUGGAUGUGUUUGACCUGAAGAAAUAUUCUGCUUCAGAGGAGGCUCUUCUGAAGCUGCUGCCAGUGGUCAAGGCCUCCAGGAAAUCUGUGCUGAGUGGCUGUAAUCUGUCAGAGAGAAGCUGUGCAGCUCUGGCCUCAGUUCUCAGCUCCCAGUCCUCUAGUCUGAGAGAGCUGGACCUGAGCAACAACGAGCUGCAGGACUCAGGAGUGAAGCUGCUCUCUGCAGGACUGGAAGAUCCACUCUGCAGACUGCAGACUCUCAGGCUGAGUGGCUGCAAGCUGUCAGAGAGAAGCUGUGCAGCUCUGGCUUCAGCUCUUAGCUCCCAGUCCUCUAGUCUGAGAGAGUUGGACUUGAGUAACAACGAGCUGCAGGACUCAGGAGUGAAGCUUCUCUCUGCAGGACUGGAGAGUCCACACUGCAGUCUGGAGACUCUCAGGCUGAGUGGCUGCAAGCUGUCAGAGAGAAGCUGUGCAGUUCUGGCAUCAGUUCUCAGCUCCCAGUCCUCUAGUCUGAGAGAGCUGGACCUGAGCAACAACAAGCUGCAGGAUUCAGCAGUGAAUCUGCUCUCUGCUGGACUGGAGAGUCCACACUGCAGACUGAAGAUGCUCAGGUAAGAUCACAUUCUUAAGUCAAAACAAGCUCACAAAGAUUGCUUUAAGGAGUUAUCAUCACUUCUCAGCUCCCAGUCCUCUAGUCUGAGAGAGCUGGACCUGAGCAACAACGAGCUGCAGGACUCAGGAGUGAAGCUGCUCUCUGCUGGACUGAAGAGUCCACACUGCAGGCUGGAGGCUCUCAGGCUGAGUGGCUGUCAGCUGCCACCGAGAAGCUGUGCAGUUCUGGCCUCAGUCCUCAGGUCCCAGUCCUCCAGUCUGAGAGAGCUGGACCUGAGUAACAACGAGCUGCAGGACUCAGGAGUGAAGCUGCUCUCUGCUGGACUGGAGAGUCCACACUGUCGACUGGAGAGACUGAGGUUGAAUCAAAACAGGCUCACCAAUGAUAGCUGUCAGGAGUUAUCAUCACUUCUCAGCUCCCAGUCCUCCAGUCUGAGAGAGCUGGACCUGAGCAACAACGAGUUGCAGGAUUCAGGAGUGAAGCGUCUCUCUGCUGGACUGCAGAGUCCACACUGCAGACUGAAGGCUCUCAGGCUGGGUGUCUGUCAGCUGUCAGAGAGAAGCUGUGCAGCUCUGGCCUCAGCUCUCAGCUCCCAGUCCUCUAGUCUGAGAGAACUGGACCUGAGCAACAACGAGCUGCAGGAUUCAGGAGUGAAGCUGCUCUCUGCUGGACUGGAGAGUCCACACUGCAGACUGGAGGCUCUCAGGCUGUCAGGCUGUCUGCUCACACAGGAAGGCUGUGCUGCUCUGGCCUCAGCUCUGAGCUCCAACCCGUCCCAUCUGAGAGAGCUGGACCUGAGCUACAAUCAUCCAGGAGCCUCAGGAGAGAAGCUGCUCUCUGCUGGACUGAAGGAUCCAACCUGGACACUGAAGACGCUCAGGGUGGACCAUGGUGGAGAGCAGAGGUUGAAACCAGGUGUGAGGAAGUAUUCCUGUGAAGUCUCGCUGGACAGACACACGGCUCACAGAAAGCUGCUCCUGUCUGAGGACAACAGGAAGGUGACGGUGGUGACGGGCGAGCAGCCAUAUCCUGAUCACCCCAACAGGUUUGACCACUGGACCCAGCUGCUGUGUUGCAAUGGUCUGACUGGUCGCUGCUACUGGGAGGUUGAGUGGAAAGGACAGGUUUCCAUAGCAGUGACUUGUGGAGGAAUCAGAAGGGAAAGAGUGGGGGAUGACAGCAGGCUUGGAGAUAAUGACAAGUCCUGGAGACUGGACUGCACUGAUCAUAGUUACUGUGUGUGUCACAAUAAGACACCGGCCGCCAUACACGCCCCCUCCUCUAGCAGAGUGGGGGUGUAUCUGGACUGGCCCGCCGGCUCCCUGUCCUUUUACAGAAUCUCCUCAGACACACUGAUCCACCUCCACACCUUCACCUCCACCUUCACUCAGCCUCUGUACCCUGCGUUUGGUUUGGACUUUGGUUCUUCUGUGUCUCUGUGUCCGAUGGAGCACACACUUAAACACAGAAUCUAAUGUGUAAUAUAAUGUAAUGUUUGUACUGCCAUUAUAGUUUAGUACUGAUCUACCGGUACUGCCUAUUGCCAGCAUCCAAUGAUAUGUGCCUCCUGUAUGAAGCAAUAUACAAUAAAUACAAAUUUGAGAUUCAUGCCUGUGCUAAGGAAUUAACGACCACUGUUGUGGAUGUGCGCCGGUAAGAGCAAAUUGAACAAAUGAUUGGACUGUGGACUGCACUUUAAUCUGAAUUAUCAAUAAGUUGCUACAUUACCCGGGUAAAAAUAACAUAUUUCACAUGAUUGGAAGCGCUGAUAUACUGAGAUUCAGUGUCGCAA